AAUUUUUAAUCUGUCAUUUUCUAAGUCCCGUUUGAAAUGUACAAAGUAAUUUUUAAGUUAAUAUGUAGCACAAAUAUUCGUAAACUUGUUAUUUUUAAUUAGUCUUUUUAUUUUUACACAAUUUGGAAGCAUGUUUUUCGACCAGAGCGGGCUUGCAGUGGCCGCGCCGCCCCCCGACGUCCCCGAACUAAUGGGAAUCCAGUCCGAGUACGUCCAAACACAAUGCAUCUUGGCGGACGGGGGCGACCGCUUCGGCGUGAGCGCUCUGGCUUUCGACCGCUACGAGGAGCUCCUGUGGAUGGGAAACCAAGGCGGCCACGUGACCUCGUACUACACCGGCGCCAUGCAGAAGUACACCUCGUUCCAGAUCCACGCCAACGAGGACGUCAGACAGGUACUUACGAUAAACGAGGGAAUUUUGGGGCUCACGGCUAGUAGUUUAAGAUAUCAGAUAAGGAGGGGCAUCCCGGUGUUCACCCACACUUCGGCCAACAUGUAUGAGAUGCAGUGUAUGCUCCAACUGGGGGCGACGAGGUUACUGAUGGGCGGACACCACGGGAAAAUGAUCGAUUUUAACAUUGAUUUGUGUAAGGAAAUGCAAGUUCUUGAUGUAGGGGAGCCUGGGUGCGUGAUGUUGCGGCCGCACAGUAGGUUUGUGUGCGCGGGGAAUCCACUGGGACGGAUUGACCUUAGGGAUCCAAACACCUUGAACAUUGAGCACACUUUAGAAACGCACAGCGGCAGUUUGAGUGAUUUUGAUGUGCAAGGAAAUCUGCUUGUGACUUGUGGGUUCAGCAAUAGGCACGGCAACCUCACAGUGGACCGCUUCUUGAUGGUGUACGACCUACGUAUGAUGCGCGCUGUCACUCCAAUCCAAACUGUCUUAGACCCAUUGUACCUGAGAUUUUUACCGUCGGUGUCCUCGAGGUUGGCCGUUGUUUCGGCCCUCGGCCAUGCUCAAAUUUUAGACACUGUAGCUUUCGCCGAACCGAGAUUGUGUCUGAUGCAGAUGGACAGUCCGGCUAUGUGUUUGACGUUUGAUAUUAGCGCCACCAGUCAAGCCCUGGCUUUUGGGGACAAUAACGGUUCCAUUCACUUGUUUUCAUCCACACCGCAACCACUUUUUAAUACAUACUCACGAAUGACGGAACAUGGAGAUCCGCUUGUGACAUAUCCAAGUUUUGCGAUCGACGAUUACGAUACGCCGCUGUCCGUUAUACCGAUGCCGAUUAACCACGACUCGCUGUCCUCGGAUUGGCCCGAACAUUUGAUGAAGAAGUGCUACAGGCGUCCUGUGGGGAUCGACGCCGAGGUCCUCCGCACCAUGAAAAUGAAAGGCCCCAUCGGCUACGCCCCCAACCCGCGCACUUCGAGGAGAAACCAAGUCAUGUACGAAAUCGAUAAUAACAGGGUGCGAUCUCAAGCGAAGCACGAUCGGAGUACGAAGUCGGACGAACCUGAGGGUUUCAUCGCCAUUCCGAAACGUUACAGGAAGAUCGACGUCAAGUACAACAAACUGGGCACGGACGAGUGCCAGUUCGACCAGUUCAACAAAACGGGACACACCGGGCUGGAAGCUACGCUGCCCAACGCCUACUGCAACGCGAUGAUACAAGUGUUGUAUUUUAUUGAACCAAUCAGAGCGGUCCUGCUGUCGCAUUUGUGCAAUAAGGAGUUUUGUUUGUCGUGUGAACUGGGCUUCUUGUUUCACAUGCUGAGGACGUCGUCGAACACCUCGCCGUGUCAGCCCGCCAAUUUCCUGAGGGCGUUUCGGACGAUCCCGGAAGCUUCGGCUCUUAGUUUGGUGUAUAGCGACCUCCCGCCCGAUCAGAAGGUCAAGAUUAAUCUGGGGGCUUUGAUACAGUCGUGGAAUAGGUUCAUCAUCCACCAGCUUCAUGUCGAGCUUGCCGAGGUUAAGAAGAAAAAUGCGGAAAGGAAGAAUAAUAAGACGCCGUUUUCGUACAAUGUGACGGAUUUUCCGGCCAUCGAUGACCGCAAGAGGUGUUCAGCUUCAGAAGUCAACGCAAACAUCGAGCAAGAGAAAAAAGACAGCGAAAGCGAGAUCAUCCAGCUCAUCGGCGCCAAACAAAUGCAGAUCCAUUCUUGCCUCAAGUGCAAACUCGAAAUGAAAAAAGAAUCCAUCCUCCUCGUCUGCAACCUAAUCUACCCGACCAACGAGCCCGAGCGCGACGAAUGGAGCUUCUGCGACAUCCUAGCCCGGUCCCUGGGCUCGCAGCAAACCACCCCCGCGUGGUGCGAAGAGUGCAAGAAGUUCUCGCCGACCCAGCAAACGAAAGUGCUCCAGUCCCUCCCGAAGCUCCUCGCCAUCAACACCGGCCUCCACAACCCCCAGCACAAGCAGUUCUGGCAGAGCCAGAUGGACAAAGUCGUGGCCAAAGUAACCAACUCGGAAACCUCGACCCCCCCGAGCACCAUCCACACCAACAGCCUCAGCUCGUCGAAGCCCUGCCGCUACGGCGACCACUGCUCUCGGCCCGGCUGUCGCUUCAGACACAGCUUCGACAACGUGCCCCCGCCCGCCCCCGUUAACAAUCCCUACUGCAGCAACAACUGGCUGCCGCACUCCAUUUCGAUAGCCCUGAACGACGGUGAGUUGCUCAUCGAGAAAAUAGAGGGUAAGGGCGAGGACGGCCGAGGCGACGGCCUCCUCGAGAGCGAAAACGAGAAGAACAAGCCGCCGGAUUACUGUAAGAAAUUGUACGAUUUGACAGCGGUGGUUUGCUACAUCAAUGAUCCGUCUUCAAGUGAGAAACGUAAUAUCGUGGCUCUGAUCAAAGUACCGGGCUGUUACGUGUCAGACACGGCGAACUCUGACCACAAGUGGUAUCUUUUUAAUGAUUUUAGCAUAUCGCCGGUGUCGGCGCAGGAGGCGGUGUGGUUCAGUCUGGACUGGAAGAUACCGUGCAUUUUGUACUAUUCGACGAGGGAGAUCAUUCAGUCGCAGUCGGGGGUGUCGCCGCCGAUCACUAAGGAAGUGUUCACCGAAGAUGCCUGUAUAGCGCGCAGCUGGGGUACCUCGGGUAUCACUUUCACGCCGCUGACCGACAACGAAUUUCCGAAGAAGGCCGACUUGGUGGCGAUGGAUGCCGAGUUCGUGACGUUGAAUCAAGAAGAGGCCGAGCUGAGGAGCGACGGGAAGAUGUCGAUGAUUAAGCCGUCGCAGAUGUCCGUGGCGAGGAUAACGUGCAUUCGGGGAACCGGCCCCAUGGAGGGAGUCCCGUUCAUAGACGACUACAUCUCGACCCAGGAACAAGUGGUCGACUACCUAACCAAGUUCUCUGGAAUCAAACCCGGCGACCUGGACGCCAACUUCAGCUCAAAGCACCUGACCACGCUAAAAUCAACCUACACCAAACUGCGAUUCCUGCAAGACAGCGGCGUGAUUUUCGUCGGCCACGGACUCAAGAACGACUUCAGAGUUAUAAACUUGGUAGUGCCUCCAGAGCAAGUGGCAGACACCGUGCAUUUGUUCCAUCUACCUCAUCACAGAAUGGUGUCUCUUAGGUUCCUGGCGUGGCAUUUCUUGGGGGUGAAGAUCCAAUCCGAGACGCACGACUCCGUGGAGGACGCCCGAGCGGCGCUACACCUGUACAAAAAAUACAAACAACUGGAAGCUCAAAACAAGGUGGGCGAAGCCCUGGCCGACCUCUACGACCGCGGGAAACUCCUCAACUGGAAGGUCCCUGAAGACACAUAGUAUAAACCGGAGCCUUACUGACUUAUGAUUUGUUGUAAUUUUUUUAUAAAGUCUAUCAUGUCUACAAUUUUAACGUGUUUCGUGUCAGUUUACGUCAACCGAACCAUUCCAGCUCUUUAUUGUUUAUACAAGAUAUCAAACGACAAGGUGGAAAUAACACACUGUAAAUUAUUUUUUCAAAAUAAAUUAAUUUUAUAUGGA